CUAAGGUCACUGGCUAGGAUGGGAAUGUGACAUUCUCUGAUGUGCUGAUGUGCUGAUGUAAACUUCAGGAAUAGCAGAUAUCCUUCGAUCUUCUCCCUCUCAUGUUAGGGGUUUUAAACUGCUCUACAAGGUUUGAGAAUGAUUUCUGCGUUCACGAGCCUCAGACACUUUGGCACAACCACGAUGAGGAGAGCUGCGUCUGAGUUUAGAAUGACUGUCCCAUGGGGAGAGAUGAGAGGUCAGGUUUGGGGUCCUCCUCAUGGCCGUCCCGUGCUGUGUUUGCACGGUUGGGCUGACAACAGCGGAUCCUUCAAUACCCUGAUUCCAUUGCUUCCUAAAGACUGGAGAUUCGUUGCCAUUGAUCUUCCAGGUCAUGGCUUCUCGUCUCAUAGGCCUGAUGGAUGCUUUUACACGUUCCCUUUGUAUGUGGCAGAUGUUCGGCGAGUUGUUGAAGCUCUUCAGUGGAAGCGAUUCUCCAUAAUUGGACAUAGUAUGGGUGGUAAUGUGGCAGGAAUAUUUAGCGCGUUGUACCCAGAGAUGGUUGAAGACGUAGUUCUCUUGGACACUUAUGGGUUUCUCCCGACAGAAGUGAGUGACAUGUUUAAAAACAUGAGAAAAGGGAUAAAUGAUCAAAUCCAUUAUGACAGCAAGAUGGAUGAAAGGAAAGAGAAGGUGUACACGUACGAGAAAGCCAAAGAAAGGUUGAAGGUUGCAAACCCCUUCCUGUCGGAUCAGUCUGCAGAUAUUCUGUUGGAGCGAGCAAUCAAAGAGGUUGAGGGAGGAUUUAUAUUUACCAGAGACUUCAGGAUCAACCUGAAAAAUAUUGUAAAUUUUAACAUGCAGCAUGUCCUCUAUUUGAUGUCACUUAUUAAAGCCAGAGUGAUGCUACUGCUGGCAAAUGAGGGUCUGUUCAAAACGUUUCCUCUACCUAAUGGAUAUAGUGAUAUGAUUCUGAAGAGCUGGACUGAUCAAAAAGCCACCGUUCUUCACGUAGAAGGAGACCAUCACAUUCACCUCAACAAACCCGAGUCUGUGGCCUCCAUAAUCACUGAUUUUCUUCAGUCACACAGUCCUGACAAAGCAGAAAGUGAAUUUGACAACAACCAAACAUCGAAAUUAUAACACAGAUUCAAGCAAUGAAGUAUGCACAUCAUUCAAAGUUUCACAUCAUUAACCAAUCCUCAUUUUGUCUUAUACAAUGAUACUUUUUUAAAGCAUAACAAACUUUAGAUUUAUUUUCUCAUAUUUAAAAAAUGGUGUUUUAUUAGAAAGCCUUCUGAACAUUUGCAGUAUUUUUGCACUCCGUUCAUCCAUGGGUCUUCCAGUUCUCGCCUCACCUUGCUUUUUGAGGUGCGGAUUAACACUAUUAAUUUAGCAAAAUACAUUGCUUUGAAUUUUGGUUUAAUGUUUUGGCCUUGUCAUAAAAGCCAGUGUUCUGUGGAGUUGGUUAAGUUAAUGACUUUCUGUAUUUUGUGGAAAUGAAAAUUAAAGAUUAAAACUGCUGAGCUGGAAACAAAAUGUAAAAACAGUUUAACUAUG